UCUACCUCCUAAUCAUUCUCUCUCUCUUUCUCUCUCUCUUGUGUUUUCUUUCACCGAGAAAAUGGUUGAGCAGAAAAGGUACGCUCUGUUUCUAGCGACUCUUGAUUCAGAGUUCGUGAAGAAAACGUACGGAGGGUACCACAACGUGUUUGUGGAGACGUUUGGAGACGAAGGAGAGCACUGGGACUCGUUUAGGGUUGUCGAGGGCGAGUUCCCUGAGGAGAAAGAUCUUGAGAAGUACGAUGGUUUUGUUAUUAGCGGAAGCUCUCAUGAUUCGUUCGAAAAUGACCCUUGGAUUCUCAGGCUAUGUGAGAUCGUCAAGAAACUUGAUGAGAUGAAGAAGAAAGUUCUUGGCAUCUGCUUCGGUCAUCAGAUCAUAGCCAGAGUAAGAGGAGGAACAGUGGGAAGAGCAAGGAAGGGACCAGAACUCAAGCUUGCAGACAUAACCAUCGUGAAAGAUGCGAUUACACCAGGAAGUUACUUCGGAAACGAGAUCCCGGAUAGCUUAGCGAUCAUAAAAUUGCACCAGGAUGAAGUGUUAGUGCUACCAGAAACUGCCAAAGUACUAGCUUAUUCCGACAAGUACGAGGUGGAGAUGUUCACCAUUGAGGAUCAUUUCUUCUGUAUUCAAGGACAUCCUGAGUACAACAGAGACAUUCUCUUUGAGAUUGUAGAUCGUGUCCUUCGUCUUGGCUACAUCACGCAAGAAAUGGCGGAUUCGGCAAAGGCCACGCUGGAGAAUAGGGGAGCAGACAGGAAACUAUUGGAGACGAUUUGCAAGAAUUUUCUUAAAGGCAGAGUUCCAGCUAAUUAGUUUCACUCCCAUAUGAUCUAUUUGGCUCUUCUUAUGUUGCGGUUUUAUCAUCUUGCUUUAUCCCUUUUCAGUGUAUAAUAAUAACCUAUUAAUCUCAAGCGUGGCAUCGUUACUUAUGUUUUGUGUGUACCCAUAAUGAAAUGAAUUUUAAUAAACACCAGUUAUAGCU